GCUCAGCGGAAGUGUAGGUCUGAGGAGAACGGCUCAGGAGAAUCCGCUCGCUCGCAGCCGCCGUGUGCACGACCGGAAUCAUGUCGAGUUUGGCGGUGAGAGACCCGGCAAUGGAUCGAUCACUGCGUUCCGUGUUCGUGGGGAACAUUCCAUAUGAGGCAACUGAGGAGCAGUUAAAGGACAUUUUUUCGGAGGUUGGUUCUGUUGUGAGUUUCCGGCUAGUAUACGAUAGAGAGACGGGAAAACCCAAGGGUUAUGGCUUCUGCGAGUACCAGGACCAGGAGACUGCGCUGAGUGCCAUGCGUAACCUGAAUGGGCGGGAGUUCAGUGGCAGAGCGCUGCGGGUGGACAAUGCUGCCAGUGAAAAGAACAAGGAGGAGUUAAAGAGCCUAGGGCCUGCAGCGCCCAUCAUUGACUCACCAUAUGGGGACCCCAUCGACCCGGAGGAUGCCCCUGAGUCAAUCACCAGAGCAGUCGCUAGUCUCCCCCCGGAGCAGAUGUUUGAGCUCAUGAAACAGAUGAAGCUCUGUGUUCAAAACAGCCACCAGGAAGCUCGAAACAUGUUACUGCAAAACCCUCAGCUGGCUUAUGCGCUGUUGCAGGCACAAGUAGUGAUGAGAAUUAUGGAUCCAGAGAUUGCUCUGAAAAUUCUGCAUCGCAAAAUACAUGUAACGCCACUGAUCCCAGGCAAAUCGCAGCCUGUCUCUGGCCCCGUCCCUGGCCCCGUCUCUGCCCCUGGCCCUGGCCCUGGCCCUGGCCCUGGGCUCUGCGCAGGACCUAAUGUUUUGCUGAACCAACAGAAUCCUUCAGCACCUCAGCCUCAGCAUUUGGCUAGAAGACCUGUGAAAGACAUUCCUCCACUGAUGCAGACCCCUAUUCAGGGUGGAAUUCCGGCCCCGGGACCCAUACCAGCUGCUGGUCCUGGCCCUGGUCCUGGCUCCUUAACUCCUGGUGGAGCUAUGCAGCCCCAAGUUGGAAUGCCAGGUGUUGGUCCGGUACCUUUAGAGCGGGGACAGUUGCAGAUGUCGGAUCCUAGAGCACCUAUGCCUCGUGGACCCAUGACUGCUGGUGGACUGCCUCCCCGAGGACUGUUGGGAGAUGCUCCAAAUGACCCACGUGGAGGGACUUUGCUUUCAGUCACUGGAGAAGUGGAACCCAGAGGUUAUCUUGGCCCACCUCAUCAGGGUCCUCCUAUGCACCAUGCCCCUGGUCAUGACAGCCGUGGCCCUUCCUCACACGAGAUGAGGGGAGGGCCAUUAGGCGAUCCCAGAAUGCUAAUUGGAGAGCCAAGAGGACCCAUGAUGGAUCAAAGGGGUCUCCCUCUGGAUGGUAGAGGUGGUAGAGACUCUCGAGGGAUGGAGACCAGAGCUAUGGAAACUGAGGUCUUAGAGACACGAGUGAUGGAGAGAAGAGGGAUGGAGACCUGUGCGAUGGAAACCAGAGGCAUGGAAGCAAGAGGCAUGGAUGGAAGAGGAAUGGAGAUACGAGGCCCUGGCCCCAGUUCAAGAGGCCCUAUGACCAGUGGAAUGCAGGGUCCUGGUCCUAUUAAUAUGGGGGCAGGUGGUCCUCAGGGACCCAGGCAGGUCCCAGGCAUUUCAGGAGUGGGAAAUCCUGGAGCAGGCAUGCAAGGAGCUGGCAUGCAGGGAGCCAGCAUGCAGGGAGCCAGCAUGCAGGGAGCCAGCAUGCAGGCAGGAGGAAUGCAGGCAGGAGGAAUGCAGGCGGCUGGUAAGCAAGGUGGAGGUCAGCCUAGCAGUUUUAGUCCUGGGCAGAGCCAAGUAACUCCACAGGAUCAAGAAAAGGCAGCUUUGAUCAUGCAGGUUCUUCAACUGACUGCUGAUCAAAUUGCCAUGCUGCCUCCUGAGCAAAGGCAGAGUAUCUUGAUUUUAAAGGAACAAAUCCAGAAAUCUACUGGAGCUUCUUAAGAGGUUUUAGAAAUACUUGGCAGUAAUCCCAGAAAGUUUUCUGUAGCAUAGAGAAUGGAUGCAAAAAGCUGGCCUCACAGUGUAACGAUUAGGGUUUCCCUCUUGCCAAACCCUAAUCUCAUUUUUUGUUUGUUUUGUUUUGCUUUUUACUUUUAAUUAGGGAGGGGAGGAAAGGGGAAGAAGGAGUGGGUCUGUUCACUUUAAUUUACUGUAAAUAUACAAAAAUAACUCUGAAAAUGAUUAUAUCAUACUAAAUAAGAUUACAAAGAAUAUGCAGCAAUAUUAAAAGUGUCUGCAAUAUGUUAACUUCUUUCUAAAAAAUACUGAGUAAAACAAUGUAAAAUCUGCACAUAAAGACUAAAAGAUGAUCUCUUUAAAAUGGUAAUGUACCAACAUAGUUUAAGAUUUUUGGUUGUAUAAGAAAAUAAAGAAGUUUACCUCCAAAAUAUAAGAUACAUAUUUUGGUAAGUCAUGUAAAGUACACAAUCCUGUUUGGGGGCAGUAGAAUGUUGUAGUAGGUUAAGCAUUGUUUCAGUGUUUUGGAAUUAUUUUGAAAUGUUAGAUUUAACAGGAUAAAUGUACAGUUAUGGUAUUGGAAUUGUUUUUCUAAGGCUAUGUAUGCAUCUGAGUGUGAUGUUUCACUUAUCCAUUAGAGGCCAGCAAUAUUCUGGCCCAAACUGAAUAUGCUGGAUUUACUGGAACAGUUCUAGGAUUAACCAGGUUAUUUAAGUCUGCUCUGAUGAGACUCAGUAUCUCACUCCAUACCUUCCUAUGUCUCAGUAGUCUGUAAGUCCUAAAUCUGAAUCUGAAUUAUUUUCUCAUAUCCUUUCCUAAAAUCGGUGUCUAGGAACCAGUAUAUGCAGAUGCAUUAUGCACCACAUUGAGCUUUUCAUAAAAAGUAAAGGGCUUCAUGCAGUAAAGCUUUGUGUGGUAACUAGCAUUUAUAUACAGACGAUACCCAUUUGAUCAGCCAGAAUCAGAAGUUAAAAAUCUUAGUCUCACCAACAUUUAACAUACCAUUUAGUUUUCUUACAUUAAAAUCUAUUUGUCUAUUACCAUUUUAUCAGAAUAAUUGAAGCCCAGGUAGGUAGGCAGAUUCUUAUGGCCUAAAUUCUCUGUUCAGUUGGUGGUUAUUACUUUUUAUUAAGUUGUAAAGCUGUUUAGUUUUAGUAUACAUGCCACUGAGACAGUUAAAAAUCAGUAGAAAGGUCAGGCUGAGCACAUUUCCAUCAGAGCUACUUCCUAAUUUAUGUAUAAGCCUUGAGGAUGUGGACAUGUGUAUCAUAGAGCAGUACUUAACAGAAGCACAAACACCUGGAUAUCCGGGUGAUCUUACUCUGAAGAAAAGAAAAAACCCUAAUACCCUGUUACAGAGGGAAAAAUCUUACUUAAUACAAGGGGAGAAUUGACACUUGGAAGUCGAUUUAUUUUCCCUUUGCAAGGUUUUAUAACUGAAAUGGGUAAUUCAGUCUACAAAGUUUUCAUCCCUGUGCUGUUGUUUCCAGCUCCCUGUUUUCUUUCUGUUUUCAUUGUUCAUACUGUUAAUUUUCCCAUGUUUUCUGUAUGCUUCCCCUAGAUUGGAUGGGAUAACCUUUACCGGUGUGUUAGUUUUGGAUAAUACUCAUUCACAGAGUUUCUUUGAUUACUUUGAAAUUAUAGUUGCUUUAUCCCAAAGCUUUCACUGAAGGACUUUAACUGAAAACCAUUAAAAUGUUAAGCUCUUUGUUGUAGUAAAAUCUCUGCACUGUUUAAUGUGGACUUAAUAAAAAGAAUGCACGAUA